CGCCAAUGCCAUCCCCCCUCCCGGAGGUGGGAGACCUGAACUGCCUGUUGAUCAACGAGGAGGGGUACCCUGAACACGGUGUUCCGGACUUGGGUAGUAGAGCUGGCCACAGGGGGCUAACCUCCAUCCACUCUGGAAGCUCAACCACAGAGAGCCUGUAUGGUGCUGCUGACGACUUUGGACACUCUUUAAACCUCAGAAAUCGUUCACAAGAGCAGGUAACAGGAGGAGGGGGGAGGCAUCAUGCCUGCAAUCAAUGUUCAAUGACCUUCCCAGAUUCUGGUUCCCUCAAGGCCCACAAGCAGAAACACAAAACUGGGAGAUGGUCGAAUUCAGGGCCAGGGACUCCAUACUCCCGCACUCAGUGCGGUAAGACCUUCACCCAGGCCUGCAACAUCAAGGUCCAAGCCGAGGGACGCCACCUCUGCAGCCAGUGUGGCAAGGGCUUCACCUCCUUCUCUGACUUGAAGAGGCACACAUGCAGCCAGACUGCAGACAAGCCCUACUGCUGCUCUCUUUGCGGGAACAAGUUCAGUCGGCUCUGGAACCUCAAACUGCACCGACGCAUUCACACACAGGAGAAACCCCACCGCUGCACCAUGUGUGACAAGAGCUUCACACGGGCGGACAUUUUGAAAGUCCACAAGCGCACCCACACCGGGGAGAGACCGUACUGCUGCGCUGUAUGUGGACUCCGCUUCAAACAACUUAACCAUCUGAAGUCACACCAGCACAAACACAGGCCGGAUCUCCUGAGCAGAGUGGUGGUCUAGAAAACUGUUUAAUUUGACAUUGAGAACAAUUUUUGGGGUGAUCAAUUGCUUUUUAAUAAGGACAUUGAAAAUAUUAACUGUUGGAAAUCCAUGUUAAAUAAGAAUGUAUGCCAUAAUGACCAUGUCAACCUAACAAAUAUUUGAAUAUAGGGCAUUCAUGUGCUUAUGGGAUGGUGUAAGUCUGCCAUGAUUGUGUUCAAGUGCUUUUGAUGUCAGACCAAUAAAAAGCUUGCUUACCAUUGACAAUAUGGUCAAACUUA